AUGGUAGGCAUGGCGGCGCUGCGGGGGCACGUUCGGGCGAGGGAGAGGAGCCUGCGCUGGCUCAUCGCCGCCGGCGCGGCGCUCGGCUCGGUCGACAACGCGGGCAGCACACCACUCAUCGCGGCUGCCGCCGCCGGCCAAGCGGCGUCCGUCUCGCUACUCGCAAGCGCGGGCGCCGACGCCGACGCGACGCGAGCCGAUGGCCGCGUCUUCAACUUCCGGGGAGGAGGCGCUGCGGGAAGCACUUGCUUGUCGUGA